GUUUGAUCCACGUGAACGCAGACAGAACGUGACACUGCGGAAGUGUCAUGGCGCCGUGCGUCAUGCAGUGUCAGAAGCAGCACGAGCACAAAACAACUUGUAAUGCUUCUUCUCUUACAAGUCUGGACUUGGCAUCUAAAUAAGACAUCCGAGGAGUCGUAACUAUAGGAUGGCCGAUUCAGGCUCAGGUGACCCCAGUGGUCAACGUGUGCCAACAACUCCUGGAGGGAGCGGGACGGGACUUCUGAUGGGCCGCCGACCACCCGCUGCCAUCUCUACUGGCCGUCUCCCCUCAAUGCGAUCAAGAGACCUUACCCUGGGAGGAGUGAAGAAGAAAACGUUUACACCCAACAUUAUUGGCCGAAAAGCCAAAGAAGAAACAAAAGCUGAAGGCGGGCAGAGGAGAAACAGGGUGGAUGCAGGUCGCGGUCGGGGUCCGAGAGAUAGAGGCAGGGGCCGAGGUCGCCCGGAGAUCAUCCAGUCCCACUCUAUUUUUGAGCAGGGCCCUGCAGAGAUGAUGAUGAAAAAGAAAAGUGGCUAUGAAAAUGAGAAAGAAGCUCCGAGCAUGGGACCUUCACCCAUCAUCAAUAUCAAAAAGGAGAAGAGAGAGACGGAGGAAGAGACCAAAGAGAUUCUUGCCAAGCUGGAGAGAGAUACUUUUAUAGACGACCCCUUCUUGAGAAGUGAGAGAGGAGCUGCCCCUGUCCAGCUUCCCCUUGCUGUAUCGGGAUGGGGAUUCACGGAGGAAUUUAGUAAGGCUGCUGUUAAAAUUGAGAAGGUGGAGGACGAUGGUGAACCAAUGGAACCUGCGGUUGAAGUGAAACAGGAGCCAGAGGAAUCUGAAAUAAAGAAGACAGAGUCAGCUUUCAAGCCCCCUCCUCUCCCUGAGCCUGAAUUUCUUCCUGACCUGCUGCAUAGAUGGAGUCUGAGCAAAGGAGAGGAGCUGUUCUUCAUCCAGAUGCCUGACACGCUACCCGGCCAGCCUCCAACCCUGGAGCACAGGCCGGUGAAAACAGAGGUGCAGUCAGAGGACGGACAGACCGUGCUUCUGAAAACAGAGUGUCAGGAGGAGGAAGCCGAAGAAGGCAACUGCAAUCUGAAAGACCUGCGGGAGGGUCUUGUAGGAAAGAUGCUGGUGCGGAAGUCUGGUCGGGUCCAGCUCAUGAUGGGACAAGUGAUGCUUGAUGUGUCUCUAGGAGCAUCGUGCUCUUUCCUUCAGGAGCUGGUUUCUAUUCGCUCGGAGGGAAGAACAGGGGACUUGACUGUAUUAGGGAACGUCAAACACAAAAUGGUUUGUUCCCCAGACUUUGAGUCUCUACUCGAAAGCAGUGCUUGAUUCUCAUCAGAGCUGGUGAGGACUGAGCCUUCUGGAUACUUGUGGCGGGUUGUGUGACAAGAUGUUCACGUUAACCGCGGACUCGCCCUUUGGAACCUGACUUCCAAUACAACUACGAAUACUGUUGAUUGCACAUCUGAUUUUUCAGAGUGGCUGAAGUAACAUAUUGAAACACACUAUCUAUAAAUAUGAAACGUAUGAAGUUUUAGUUUCUUGUGGAAUAGGCAUCUUAAUUCAGGGUUCAAAGUUUGAAUGGUGUGCCAAAUUUCAUUUCUCUAUAUCUGAGUUUACUUGACAAGACUGUACAUGGGUGUAAAUGUGUGAAUAAAAAAAAAAAGGUUUUUUGUUAUCCCAGUA